AUGGUGCUUCGCAAACAGCCCCCACCGCGUUUGGAGAAUCUCAGCAAGGGGAAUGCUCGACCCGAGUCCCGUUCACCUACUUCUCCUCCCCCCAACUCUGCGUCCUCGUCCCGCCGGGCGCGCCUGAAUCGAAUCCCUUCAGAGGAAUCCGUCUAUUCCCCCGACCUCAACACCUCACCUGCCUUUGACCUGAUGCCACUUGAAGAAGCUCAACGGCCACAGGUGGGGUCUCCGACCAGCCACCCGAAAUCAUGGCCCGAUCAACCCGGGGGGACGCCAGACCACUCCGGUAGCUACGAAGGGCCACACCCGCCACCAGCAGGCAACAAGGGACAGUUGGUUCCAUCAGCGCUGUUCCCAGGCCAACAACAAGAAGGGGAGGUGAAUGGAUGGCAACCAACUCAAGAAGCUCGCAAUAGUCCAAGGGGGAGCUUCCAACCGUCAGAACCCGACCAGGAUACGCAAGACCAGCAUGACUGGAAUGGCCGAAACUCACACGCGGUUUCGUCAAACAGCGAGCUCAGUCAAACGGAUGGGUAUAUCCCAAUGACAGCUCGGUUGUCUCUCUUGGACUCGGAACAAGAGACCUCGUGGACUGGGCCUUCUCAGUCACCCGCCCAACCCUUCGUCUCACAAAGUCAAUCACUUGAAAAUCAGUCGCCGUGGGCGGCUCAGCCGUCAGCAAGGGUCUCAACACCUCAACAGAUCUACUUGCAAGGUGGACAGUCGAACCCAUACGCACCCGCUGUUGUUGUACAACCCUCGGAUCAACGUCCUGAGGAUCCGUAUGACGACCAACAACUAUAUAACCCCGAGCGACUUGGCUCCGAUGCCGGAAUCAAUACUCCUUCGGCUACGUUCUCUAGCGCGACUUCGGCUACCUCCCAUGAGCUCAUUGAUCUCGAUGUUCCCAGUACCUUGGCGGCCGAAACGGGGUCUCGUCGUCCAGCGUCUUCGGUCUACUCCUCUGACGCACCCGACGCGAAAAGAGACCAGGCCGCCUCUCCUGCACCAGAAAUGGGAUCAUCCGUAACGCCGCAAUUGAAUGCUGCUACGGGCCAGAUACCGGGACCAGGGUCAAACACUGGAAUUUCUGCUGUCGACGCGACUCGGCAGAAGGAGCAAAGAUCAGAAACCUAUUCGAUUCGGCACAUAAGGUGGAUGAAUCAGAGUGGGCAAUUGCUGGAAUCACCGGUUCUGGUUCAAAAUGAAAACGGCCCGUGUCCAUUGCUCGCCCUCAUUAACGCGCUGGUGUUGCGGGCUGAUACUAAGACACAACCACCAAUUGUCAAAGCGCUGCAAACCCGUGAGAAUAUCUCGCUGGGACUGUUGAUUGAGGCCUUGUUCGAGGAAUUAACGACGUGUUUGAGGCCCGAUGAGGAGUUUCCAGAUAUCGAGGCCCUGACUCAAUUCCUGACGAUGCUACAUACCGGCAUGAAUGUCAACCCGCGCCUGACGCUUGAAUCGACCGAUUCACUCGGAACUUUCUUCCAAACUAGUGACCUAAGGUUGUAUAGUACAUUUGGAGUGUCUCUGAUUCAUGGAUGGCUAGCAUCGUGGUCCAGCUCAACGCACGCGGCGAUGUCGCGAGUCGCCCAGUAUCAUGAAGACAUUCAGCUGUUACCUUUCCGCAAGCAAGAGCUUGAAGAUCGCGUAAUGCGAGACGAUUCUCUCUCUCCCCAGGAAGAGGAAACCAUGGAGGACAUUCAAACCAUUCAGCGCUUUGUGGAGAUUGAGAAUGCGACGCAGUUAAGCCCUUUUGGAUUGACCCAGCUCACUACUCAAUUGGCGCCCGGCUCUGUCUCAAUCCUCUUUCGCAACGACCAUUUUUCCACACUUUACAAGCAUCCGGAGUCAUGCCAGCUCUUCACACUGGUCACCGAUGCUGGCUACGCCAACCAUGCCGAGGUUGUUUGGGAAUCUCUGGUCGAUGUGACUGGCUUCAAUUCGGAAUUCCUCUCUGGUGAUUUUCGCGCUGUCAGCCAAGGCCAAACUGAGACGUCUGGCCCUGCUGGUCCCCGAUCCUCCAGUGCAGCUGUCACCGCUGGUGCCACUGCUUCUGGCGAAGAGCACAAAGAUGGUUUCUCUACACAAGAGCAGCGUGAUGCUGAUUACGCCUAUGCACUUUCACUACAGUUCCAAGAGGAGGAGCGGCGUGAGACUCAAAAUUCAAAUCGCGGCCCCCGCGCUUCACAACCUGUUCGGGCUUCUAAUCGAUCAAGCCCGAGAAUCACUGUUCCCAAUCGAACCUCGAGUGUCGCAAACCACGGGUCCCAGCCACAUAACGGCACCGACCCCGACGAUCCCAACGCGCCUCCCCCCACGUAUGAGCAGGCCGCCAACAGUCCGCGAUAUUCACCAACUCAGCCGAGGUUUCCUUCCGCGCGGAAUCGAUAUUCCAGCAAUCGGACAUCACGGAGUAACUGGCCACGCGCAACUGCAGGGGGACCGAUUCGACCCAAUGAAGGGAGCAAAGACUGUGUCAUGAUGUGA